UAACAAAACCCUAAAACACCCGAAACUCCUAAAACCCUAAACUCUAAAGCCUCUAUCUCUCGUCGACUCCAUAAUUCUGUCUGCAACCAUGGCAGUCGCGGACGCAGCUCCUCUUCCUCCUCCUUCGACGACCACAAGCCUCAGAGUGAGUCCCAAAACAGUAGAGAAGGCUGUGAAAGCUCUUCUGAAAUGGAAGAUUUCCAAAUCGGACGUUCAAAAGCCUCAGCUUUUAGACGAAGACGAAUUCGUCUAUCUCAUAUUGACCUUGAAGAAAAUCCCAGCCAAGGAUCGCGUCAAUGCCUACAAGGUCCCUCUAGCUCACUCCUUAUAUUCCGAAUCCUCUGAGCUCUGCCUCAUCAUCGACGACGGGUCCAAAUCCGGUCUUACCAAAGACGAUGCCGUGAAAAAGAUUAAGUCCGAAGGUAUUCCGGUAUCGAAGGUUAUAAAGCUUUCCAAGCUCAAGUCAGACUACAAAGCCUUCGAAGCGAAGCGCAAGCUUUGCGAUUCAUACGCCUUGUUUUUGGCCGAUAAACGUGUCGUUCCUUUGUUGCCGAGGCUUUUGGGGAAGCAAUUUUUCAAGAAGAAGAAGAUUCCGGUGCCUGUGGAUUUGAAGCACAAGAAUUGGAAGGAGCAGAUUGAGAAGGCUUGCAGCUCUGCCAUGCUGUUCUUGAGGACCGGGACUUGUUGCGUGGUGAGAGUUGCAAAAGCUUCGAUGAGUUCGGAUGAUAUUGUGGAGAAUGCAGUGGCUGCCAUUAAUGGGAUUGUGGAGUUUGUGCCUAGGAAGUGGGGGAACGUAAGGUCCUUCCAUCUGAAGCUUCUGGAAUCUGUGGCAUUGCCUCUCUAUCAGGCGUUGCCGGAUAUGAAGUUGAAGAUUGAGGGAGUGAAGGCCGUGGUAGAGGAGAAGGUUGAGAAGGAAGGAGGAGAUAAAAAGGUUGUUAAGGAAGAUAAAGUUGGGAAGAAGAAGGGUCGGAUUCAUGAAGUUCGGUAUAUGGAUGUUAGUGCUGGAGAGGGCAUUGAUGAGGAUGAUGUACUCGAUAGUGAUGUGGAAGUAAGUGCGGGUGUUGAGAAUGAUGUCACGGGCAGCGGUGAGUUGGGGAAGAAGAAGAGGAAGAAGGGAGAAGAAGUUAAGGAGGACGAGGUUCUUGCAGAGAAGCCAUUGAAGAAGUCAGCUAAGGCGAAGGUGAAGGCGAAAGAUGAAGAUGAGUUAUCUGCUAAAGGGAAAAAGAAAGAUGGUACUGUGAAGAAGAAGAAGGCAGAUGAUUCGCCUAUCAAAGUGGUCAAAGGUGGAGAGUCUGAUGGAAGGAAGGAGAAGAAGUUGAAGAGUGGAGAAACAAAGCUGAAAGCUACUAAAAGAAAGUAAGUGCUCGAGUAAUUAACACAACGGUUUAGAUCAAAUAGGGAUUGACUGCUUCUUGGGCUUCUUGCAUUUUGAGUCCUUUAGCAGAUUUUGAUUUUUGAGCAUGUCAUUGAAAUUUUGAUCUUUUUGUUUGGUUUAUAAUGAAUUCGUGUACUUGUCAUUAGAAUCUUGAUUAUUUCAAGUAUGCACUUAUAAAAUGGUAACAUUUUCCUCAA